CUUUGCUUCAUUGCCUGCAGAUGUAUCGCACAGAGAUGUUGAAAAAAGACGUCCUUGAGGACGAGCACCCCAAGGUGCAGCUCUCUCAUCACGAAGAUAUCGAUAGCGAGGCACCACUGGCUAUCGCAGAUCAUAUCUCGUACGGACCAACUGGAAUCAAGGGCCUUCUGCAGUCGCCCUACGUUUUCGGUGCUGCACUUCUUGCGUCCCUGGGCGGUUUCUCCUUUGGAUAUGAUCAAGGCGUGAUUUCGGUCAUCAAUGUUAUGUCGCAGUUCCAUACCCGUUACCCAAACACGGAUCCCAACCAUAAGGCUAGUGGGUUUUACACAGGCUUCAUGACCGCAAUGAUGGAACUUGGCGCAUUUCUCGGCUGCUUCUUCAUGCCAAAAUUGGCGGACACAAUCUCCAGGAAAUGGGCCCUGACGUUUGUUGUGGUUAUCUUCGACAUCGGGGCAAUUAUCCAGACAGCCGCCACCAAUUAUGGCAUGCUUGUUGCUGGGAGGUUUAUUGGUGGGAUAGGCGUCGGAACGUUAGCAAUGGGUGCGCCCUUGUACAUUUCCGAAAUUGCACCACCCAACUUGCGAGGAUCGCUACUCGUUCUCGAAGCAAUGUCCGUGGUGGUCGGUGUUGUUAUAUCCUACUGGAUCACCUUUGGCACGCGAUAUCUGGACGGCGAGGUUAGCUUCCGGCUUCCUUUUGGUCUUCAAAUGGUUUGCUCCACACUGCUUGGUGUAGCAAUCCAUAUCUUCCCAUAUUCCCCGCGCUGGUUAUGCCUCGUAGGACGGAAACAAGACGCCUUGAGGAGCCUUGCCAAACUCCGCCGUUUACCAGAAUCGGACAAUCGCAUUCAAACGGAGUGGCGCGGAAUUAUGACGGAAGUGGAGUACCAAAAGAUCCUAUUGGAAAAACACUAUCCGGGAAAACGAGGACUCACGCUAGAACUUCUCACCUGGCUAGAUUUGUUCAAGAAAAAGACCUGGAGGAGAACGGUAGUUGGCUGCGGAGUCGGCUUCUUCCAGCAGUUCUCUGGUAUCAAUGCCUUUAUAUAUUACGCCCCGAUAUUGUUCACUUCGAUGGGUCUGUCGGAUGACUUGUCAAAGAUCGUAUCUGGUGCGCUCAACGUUGGUCAGCUAGUUGCUACGGCUUCUUGUUUCUUUAUCAUCGACCAUGUAGGCAGACGUCCCUUGGCGAUUCUGGGCGGAAUUGGCUCCAUGGUUCCUUAUAUUAUCAUGGCUGUUCUAUUUGGAAUGUAUUCAGACGACUGGCCGGCCCAUAGAGCUGCGGGUUGGGGUUGCGUUGCAAUGGCGUGUAAGUCUGGAACCAUUCCUCAUCUCGCGAUUCAAAAUCACUGAUUGUCCAAACCCUGAGAGCAUAGUUGUUUACAUUUUCGCCUACGGGUCAACGUACGCGCCUCUUGGAUGGACCCUGCCGGCGGAGAUAUUCACCAACGCAACACGCUCGAAGGGCGUGGCUCUAUCCACAGCUACAAUCUGGCUCUGUAAUUUUAUCAUUGGCGUGGCGACACCACCGAUGAUCGAUUCAGCAGGAUUUGGCACGUUUGUCUUCUUCGCCUGCUUCUGUGGGUUGGCCGCAAUAUGGGCAUAUUUCUUGGUACCGGAGACAAAGGGCCGCUCCCUGGAGGAGUUGGUGAAGAUAUUCGAUGACGAUACCGGGCCUGAAGAUGCAGAAAUAAUCGGGCAAGCUGUUGCCAAAGUGAAUUGGGAUACCCAUGACAUGCAAAGCGUGUGAUGGAACAUGAGUGGAUGAUGUUCACAGAAAGGAGAGCAAUCUCGGAAUCGCAGGACAGGUAUUCUGCAUUGGAUUGUUUUCUUCAGGCGAUAUAUUCAUUAUUUAUACCAGCAACACAGUCUUUGCCUCUAUUAUUUAUUUAUUGUACAUAGAGCAAUGGAUUCUGGGGCGAGAUACACCAACAGUUGAAGUUGACGGGUUGGACGUGGUUGUAUUCACAAGGGGGUCGGCGGAGUCGGUCCCUAUCUAG